AUGAUCGGCCUGGGAUUCGUCACCGCGGUGCUGGGCCUGGUCUUGGUGUUGCUGGUCCUUCGCAAACAGACGCCAUCCAAGUUCCACGCGAGCACAGAGCAGGUCACGGUGCCACCAUCGCCGAAGCCUGAUCCAGCCACGGGCUGCCUGACACUUGUUGAACAAGCCAUCUUGUUCACCCAUAACGGUGUCAUCUAUGGCCGAAGCUCCUACCUCGGUGAAAAUAAGUCUGUGCGGACCUUCAUGGGCAUUCCCUACGCAACGUAUGGCUGCACCACAGGGCCGCUUCGACCACGGCUCCCUGGUAGCCUUUUCCAGCACACCGCACUGCGUCCGAACGAACAUUCACCAGCCGACUGCCUCAACCUGAAUGUCUGGGCUCCUCCCGCCUGCAAUCCCGCGGAGGGCGUCAAGAACAAGACAGUCAUAGUGGCGCUCACAGAAAACUGGUUCCGCACGACGCUGUUACCGCUGUCACCCUCCUGGGGCGAGAUGGCCGCCAGCGAAGACGUCGUCGUCUUCGUUCCCAACUACCGACGCGGAAUCAUGGGCUUCCUGAAUACGGGUAACCAGGGCGUUCCUGGAAACGCGGGCCUCUUCGACCUGAUCAUGGCACUCCGGUGGAUAAAGCGGAACGCACCGGACUUCGGCGGUGACCCGGACUCGAUGGUCGCAUUGGGACAGGGCUCCGGAGCUGCCAUGCUAUCUCUCGCGCUCAGGGGUCUUGGCCGAGGUUUCUUCAAGAGGGCUAUCUUUCUGGACAUGUCACCAUUCUCGCUGAUUCCCCGAAACGACCGGCACGUAGGCGAGAGCAUCGCGCUUCGACUCUGUCGUCUAAUGGGGUGCCGUGAGCAAACCGGCGUCAAUGCGUCACUUUACCUACAACGGUCGUACACGGAUGAAACCCUCCUGGCAUACGCAGAGGCCAUGGGUGAAUUGUGGUUUGUGCCCAGCUUUGACCAGGAGCCGCUGAUCUUCCCGCCCGAGAAGCUCGUCGGAGAGUACGACCUCGAAGGCCUGGAUCUUCUGUGCGGCGCAGACAGGGGCGCGGGAAAGCUGCUGUUCUACCGCUACCUGUUGCCGCUUCUUCAGCGAGCAGGUGGCCAUGAUAAAAAAGACGAGACGCGUUCCCUCGCCGACCUUCUCACCUUUUUCCUGAAGGAGACGACAAAGGAGUUCGAAGACACGCUGCCACGACUAGUCAGCGAGAUAAGGACGCGCUACGGCACCGCAAUCAUGGACGAUGCUCUGGAGGAAUUUUUCACGGACUUGGUGUUCCGCUGCCCGAUGUUGACGCUCGCGGAUGCAGCGGCGUCGACAGGACAAAAUCGUUCGGUUUUCCACUUCGUGGGGACGACGAACGAAACCGAAGGGUUCGUCCUCACCACCUCGCAGAUAGCCCACUUCGCGAAGACAGGGAAAGCACCGAGCUUGCCCGGCGGACAGUCGUGGGUUGCCUACACGGAAGGCUCGCCUCAUACAGUGCAUCUGCCUGAUGGCGUUUCUGCCGACACCCAGAGAGAACGCUGCAAAGUAGGCCGCCAGGUGUAUGAGUACUACUGGAGCAUCUAUGGCACAGGACACAACGUUACGUGGCCCAAAACUAACUCUGGCCGCCGACGAGCAUGA